AUGAGCCAGCCACACUCUCACUGUCUCACUGUCAACACACACACACACACACUCACACACACUAAGACGAGCAAAUCUGUCAUCAUGCACAGCAAAGAGCAGAUCAGUCAUGAUGAAUACCAGAAGACAGCUGAUUGGCUGAAGUCUCAGACGAGGCACCGCCCUCAGGUGGCCAUCAUCUGCGGGUCCGGGCUGGGCAUGCUCGCCGACACCCUCAAGUGUCAAGACUCCUUCGCUUAUUCUGACAUACCAGGCUUCCCUCAGAGCACAGUGCAGGGUCAUGCAGGCCGGCUUGUUUUCGGGGAGCUGAAAGGGAAGACGUGUGUCUGCAUGCAGGGUCGCUUCCACAUGUAUGAAGGACACUCACUGCUCAAGACGACGUUUCCAGUGCGCGUCUUCAAGCUGUUGGGGGUGGAGACUGUGAUCGUGACGAACGCUGCCGGCUCAUUAGCUGACGGCCUCCAGCCUGGUGACAUCAUGGUCAUCAAAGACCACAUCAACUUCCCCGGACUGGUCGGUCUGAACCCUCUAUGUGGACCCAACGACGACAAGUUUGGGCCACGCUUCCCAGCCAUGUCUGGUUGCUAUGACAAAGGCCUGCGUUCCCUCGCAAUGGAGAUCGGCAAGCAGCUGGGGGUGAGCAACCUCAUGCAGGAGGGCGUUUACGCCAUGGUCGGCGGUCCAAACUUUGAGACCAUCGCCGAGGCCAGACUGAUGCAUCGGCUGGGAGUGGAUGCUGUUGGAAUGAGUACGGCUCCUGAAGUCGUUGUGGCAACUCACUGCGGUCUGAGGGUCUUCGGCCUCUCUCUGAUCACCAACAAGGUGGUGAAGAGUUACGACGACACGGAGAGCGUGAACCAUGAGGGCGUCCUGGAGGUCGGACGAAUGCGUUCUCACACCGUGCAGCAGCUGGUGACUGAGCUGGUCAGCAGGAUGGAGAUCAAUAACAAUAACGCCCCCACCAAUAAUGCUGUUUGAACACACGCACACUGUGUACAUAAGUGAUUGUUGUAUUCAGAACCAUUUUCAGAUCUCCUCCCUGUUUCAUCCUCUUUGAUCCUUGUAUUUUUUAUCUUUGCUGUAAAACGUUAUUUAUAUCAUCAUGGUGUCUAAUAAUUGUCUAUCAGGGUAAAUCGGAAUGUAAGUAUUCAUUUGUGAUAUUUGAUAUUGAACCAAAAAAAAUAAUAAUAUAACAAUAACUGUUUAAUGGUGCUUUAAUAUAAAAACCUAAGAGUCUACGAUUUGUUUUAUUUGUUUUGUUUUUUAAAUAUUAUUCCCUUGUACAUUGUUUCUGAUGAAUUAUUGAGUUGAGUUUUAUUUUGUAAAGGAUUUACUGACUUCCUGGUCCAUUUAAAUCUGAUUAAAAUAUGCUACCACA